AUGUCUGACGAGGAGAAAAAAAUGGUUGGGACUUCGGGUGGGAAUUCGCAAUUCACCCCCGGUGUUUUACUGCGGGUGCAGUACGCCUGUUAUCUGUUUUUUGGCCUGAUUCUCACCAUGUUGCUGCGCAGCUCUCUUUCGGGGAUUUUUAGUCAUCUUUCUAUUCUUCAAAAGGGCUGCAAGCUCGCUACCAGCGCCUUGAGUGAAGACUGCACUGCGGAGGUACUCGUCUACCGUGUCAGUUUUGCGUUGGCGCUUUUUUUCUUCUUGCACCUCUUGUCUGUUUCGGAUCUUACAUGCUGCAUCGAAUCGGAGACACGAGUGGAGUUUCAGAAACGCUUCUUUUAUGCGAAAACAAUUCUUUUGUUGUUGGUGUUUGUCGCCACUUUUUGGAUUCCAAACGGCUUUUUUGCCAUUUACGCGUACGUGUGUCUCUUUGCGUCCGCUUUUUUUCUAUUGAUGAAUGUUAUCUUUCUUGUGGACUUCAGUUAUCAAUGGAGCGAUGACUUUGGGCGCCGGAGUGAAAGGUCCAGUAAGUGGAUGUGGUACCUCUUUGCUAUAGCCGUCUUAUCAUACUUGGGGGCCAUUGGUGUCAACAUUGCCUCAUAUAUCAUGUACGUUCCCCAUUCAGACUGUAACUACAAUGCAUUCGCAAUUACCAGCGUGCUUGUGAGCGCUCUUGUUUUUACCGUUUUAUCCGUUUGGAUUCCACACGGCUCGAUUGUUCCAAGCGGCAUUGUGUUUCUGUACUCCAGUGGCAUAAUGUUUGUUACCCUGCGAACCGGCACCGAUGAGUACUGCAACCGCCUUGCUGUGCCCGAAGGCCAAACGAACUCGAUCAAACAGAUGGUCAUUGCGAGUAUCGUCAGCAGCUUUGCGCUCGGCUACAGUGUUGUUUCUUCUGGAGGCAACGGCAGCGCACUUGGCAUUGGCCGUGACGAGGAGGGGGAGGACGAAGACCCUGACGAGAUUGGGCACUUGAGCCAAUACCUAUUCUUCUACACCACGAUGAUGUUAGGCUCAAUGUACCUUGCGAUGUUGGCCACCGGAUGGCACGUGAGUGGGAUGGGCAAGAGCACCCUGCUUGGAAGCAUCAACAUCGCCUUUUGGGUGCGCAGUGCCACCGUGUGGGCGGCAGUGCUGCUGUACAUCUGGUCCCUCCUGGCGCCAUACUUCUGCUGCAGAGACCGCGACUUUGGCUACGACUUGGACGACUGGUGA